ACACGGUGUAAGCAAGAGAAAGGGAGGGGGGCGGAUUUCAGGAGCUCUCCACCACAAACGUGUCAUUACACCACAGGAAUGAAUCAAAUCAAACGGACGCCCAGCACACAGUUCUUUUGCUUAACUUCAUGGUUUAUUAUCUAAAUCAGCGUCGUUUUAGUUUCUCAUAGACUUAACAGGGAAAGUUUUAUAUCUGAGAAGGAAUACCUGCCAACGGACGGAACGCAUCAUCCGCAAACCGUCACACCUUCGCCUCAGUUGAGGAGAUCGGAUCUGCUUUCGACUGCAUUAUCUUGUUUGUUUCUUUUCGGGGGUGAGGGACAAGUCCCUUGAAGUACGUAUCAUUUUCUUUUACAAAAUGAGUUCCAGUAGGUUUGUGCGGAUCAUCUUGUGAAGUAGUUUUAGUUCCCGUAGACUGUUGUGUUGUCUCCCUUUUCUCUUUCUUGGAUGCUGGAAUUUAAGACUGACAGUCCCGUUCUCUCCUCAUGCCCAUGAAAACAACUCUCGGAUGGUAAGGAUUCCAGAGAAUGGUAAAUGAUCGAUGGAAAAUCAUGAACAGUGUUUCAGAACUCGAGGAUGGACAGCAGCAUAAAUCGCAGAGGAUGAGCUGUAGCUAUCUCCUAUGCACCAUCUUGCUCUUUGUUGCUGUGUUACUGGCUGUCACAGUAACUGGGAUCAUCCUUCUGAUGAACCAUUACCAAGCACCCAGUGGCCCGGACGGCCCCCCUCUCAUCAGCACCAACCAGGAUGAGGGUAAUGCCCUGGUAACUAUCGAGAGAGGUGACGGCUCCCGCAUCAACAUCUUCAUUGACCCCAACUGCCCCGACUACAACAAUAACUUCCUGCGUCUGGAGGGUGUGCAGACCUCGCUGCUGCACUCGCUCACUGACCAUGACACUGAUCUAAAGUCAGUGAAAGGGCAAGAUCGGGCACUGCUUGUUAAACUGGCCGAGGAGGUGGCCAAGCUGUCCGCCCAUGCCAGUCAGUUGAAGAUGGAGUACAACGCGCUGAGACAAGGCCAGAGCAACAUUGGACAGGAGCUCAGCACCCUGCAGACCGAACAGGGCCGACUUAUUCAGCUGCUGUCGGAGAGCCAGAUCAACAUGGUGAAAGUGGUGAACUCUGUGAGCGAUGCACUCAGCUCUAUGCAGAAGGAAACCGGAAACAUCAAGAGCCGUCUCAAGGCAGAUCUGCAGAGGGCUCCGGUGCGCAGUGUCCGGCCCAAGGGCUGCGCCGGUGGAGAAGGUUCCAGACCCAGGGAUUGCAGUGACAUCUAUGCCAGCGGGCAAAGAGAGGAUGGUAUCUACUCUGUGUUCCCCACACAUUACCCAGCAGGCUUCCAGGUCUUCUGUGACAUGACUACUGAUGGGGGCGGAUGGACGGUGAUUCAACGCAGAGAAGAUGGCUCUGUUAACUUUUUCCGUGACUGGGAGGCUUAUCGUGAAGGAUUUGGCAAGAUAACAGGAGAGCAUUGGCUUGGCAUGAAACGAAUCCAUACACUUACCAUUCAAGCCAACUACGAGCUGAGGAUUGACUUGGAGGACUUCGAGAACAGUACCUCCUUUGCGAAGUAUGGCUCUUUUGGAGUGGGUUUGUUCUCUGUUGACCCUGACGAGGAUGGCUACCCACUGAGCGUUGCGGACUACUCCGGCACGGCAGGCGACUCGCUGCUCAAACACAACGGGAUGAAAUUCACCACUAAGGACAAGGACAACGACCACUCUGAGAAUAACUGCGCGUCCUUCUACCACGGCGCCUGGUGGUACCGCAACUGCCACACCUCCAACCUCAACGGACAGUACCUGCGCGGCCAGCACACCUCGUAUGCGGACGGCAUCGAGUGGUCAUCCUGGACGGGUUGGCAGUACUCGCUGAAGUUCACCGAGAUGAAGAUCAGGCCAACCAAAGAGGAGAAUAAAUGAGUGAGAACUAGAAAACAUAACAAAGAGCUCAAAGGUGGCUGUAGGUGUUAGAGACACUCGAUGCAGAAACGCAAGAACUUUCCCACGACAACUUCUUUCUCAUGUUUCUGUUUCUAUCCAUCUUUCAAACCCCGUUUUCCCACCAUCUUGUAGUGUUUGUGCUAACGCCCAAUGGGCUGAUGUUUUUCUCUUGAUCUACUGUUCAAAUCUCUGAAUAUUAUUACAAAACAUUGCAGGUAUUGUCAAAAAUGUACUAUAUAUACAUAUAAAAAAAAGAUAGUUGUUGUCUAAAAAAAAGAAAAAGAAAAAAACAAACUUCUGUAGCUGUGAAAUUUAGCAAGAACGUGUAGCUUUUCAUAAAAAUAAAGACUUUUAACUCUUCAGACAUCUGACGGAGAGGCAGCUUGUCCUAUGUUAUUUUUGUUCAGUGCUUAAUCAAUAAUUCGUAGUUAAACAUGACAAGGUUGCUAUUGGCGUGUCCAGCCCCUGCUGUAAUAUCUGGGAAGUGACUAGAUUUUCCCACAUGACGAGUAAACACGUUAUUGAUCACCAGGGAUGCUCAAAGAGUAUAUGUGUCACAGUGGUGGCUUUCAGAGUGAUGGGCCACAACAGGCGCAUUUUUCACUGUGACAGGUCAGUCGGUGGAAGGUUUUAUCAGUAGAGAAGCUGAACGUCUCGCAGAAAACACAAUAACCCUUUGGUGUUACUGCUGGAUAGAAGAGUGUUGGAUUUUAUCUUCUGAACAAUAGGUCAGAUUCACCAGAAAUCACAAUGAGAUGGAUUGACGGAGCUUUAAGGCUCCAACUUGGAGAAGAUCCGAGAACUGAACUUGGGUCGAACAGCUUUCUGUUGUUGUGCAGAGACCCGACUAUUCUGGUUUAAUAGUCAGUUCAUCCUGCAGAUCAUUUCAGUAGCUUAUUUAGUAGCUCAUUAGCUUUUAAUGUAAUGUCAUUUGUUUCAGGUAAACUGUGAAGUUCUUAAAAUAUUAUGCUGAAAGGAAUAGUUUACCCUAAAAUGCAAGAGGUCAAGAUUUGAAUUACAUUUAAAGCAUGCAUAUUUGGCCUAUUACAAACAGACUGGCAAAAACACCAGUGCUUUGUUGGUUUUUGAGGCUCUUUUAAGUGGAAAAUGAACCUCAAAAGACAUAUAUUUUUACAACAGUUAGUUCUCAACCUGCUUAGUGGGGAUUCUUCAGCCACUCUAUGCAUGUUACAUUGUUACACAGUAGGUCGGAAUUAAUAAGUGAAUCAUUGAUUCAUUUCCAUUCGAAAAACACAGAUUCAUUUGGAAACAAACAACAGGCUCUUUUAUGAGUGAACCAUUGAAUCAUUUACUUGCCUGAUUUGUUCAUAAAAAUGUUGGUUCAUUCAGAACGAAAGAGUGAUUAUUUAUAUGUCAAUAGUUUACUGAUUUAAUCCAAAUGAUGAAUCAUUAACAAAGAAACACCACUAUUUGUUUGUUGCUCAGAGGUGCGCAACAAUUCUGUUUUGACUGUUUUCAUUGGCGGAGCAAAAAUAAAGUAUCUGGCGAUACAGUCUAAAUUUCUUUAACUGUUGUAUAAAAUCAUGAAUGUGAAUGUAACUCAUUUUACUGAUUUUGGUGUAAACUAUUCCUAAUGUUGCGUCUCUUUCUGUUUGUAUUUGUUUGUUCUUUUCAUCUAUGCAGAAUUUCUCCUUUUUUUCAUUUAUGGCACUGACACACGUCCUGAUUUUGCCAAGUUCGAUGUGUUCCUAGGUCAACAUAUUUUGUCGACCCUGGAACAACAUUUUACUCCAAAAAUAUAUUCUUAACCAUAUCCCUACACCUAAACCUAACCAUGAGUAAUCCCUAAAAUCAGAGAAAAUGAUAGAUGAAUGACACUGAUGUACAAGCACCAAACACUGAUUUUAAGCAUAAACUUCACAAAAUCUAAAACUGGUUCUUCAAAUCUGAUUGGUUAAUCACAAUGUUGUUCCAGGGUCAACAACGAUGUUGUCCCAGGAACAUGUCUCACUUGGUAAAAUCAGGUUGACAUAUGUCAACUUUCCAAACAAUCAACUUGCAAUGUCCUUUUACCCAUUUACAAGUGUUUCAUGAGUCUUUGUAUUAGUUUUGACUGCACGAUUUUCAACAUGUCAACCUGCUGUUUUAUUUGUAUAGCAAUGUUAUUUAUCCUGUGAUAUCCAUGUUAACUAACCCAGUGUUUGAAUGUGAAAAUCAGUUUCAUAGGUUUAUUUGUAUCUUUAUAUUUGUUGGGACUGUACAUUGAUUAUCGUAUCAAAGAUGAGCAUUGUCUGCACUUUAAACGGUAACAUCAAAAUUCUAAUUGUAAAAUCACUAAUUAGAAUCACUUUUAUAUCUAUAUUGGAAGGAAUAAAAAAAAAUAGUUAACCCUAACCCUAAAGAUAACUAAUCCCUCAGAUUAUUUGAAAAAUGCAAAACAUUUCAGUAUCAUCUUGUUUUAUUCUUCAUUCAUGAUUCAAUUGCCAAUUUACAGUAUAUACUGCAAUGCCUACUCCUUCUAAAAACCAAUUCUCCACCGUCAGAGGAGCUCAAAACUACAACAGAGCAAACAGCUGUCACAGCCCAACCAAACGGACGGGUUUUGAUCAAGUUUGUGACACAUUCUCCCUCAAUAAAGAGAACCACAGGCAUUUCUGUGAGGUAAAAUUGUUUUUGAAUGCCGCUAUGUAGACUGAAUUUCAUGGUCAGUUUUCUCUGGAAACUAUAGGAGGGCUUUCGAUGAUCCAGUUGUCCUGAUGUACUAGCAUUCACAUUCACAUUCAAAACGAAGAGAAAACACUAAUAAAAAAAAACACCUCACCUCAUCCUGCAAUGUUUUAUUUUUUUUAUUUUUUUUGCUCUGCAGGUAUUUUUAAAAGAAACGUUGUUCUUUUCUGGUAUGAAACUGAUAAAUGUAAGAUACGGACUGAGAUUGAUUUUGUUGCGCCAAAGGAGAGAACGUGCGACAGCUACUGCUUUUGGGGAAUGACAGAUUCUCAGUUCAUGUUGCUUUCUGUGAACUUCUUGGAACUCAGGAACCCCUGCCGAUGGCCUCUCAGACUACACCUGUCUGCUGACGGCACUUGCUAGUCAUCCGUGUAAAUAAUUUAACCGUGAAAUUGCGCAUGUCUUGCAGUAUAACAACAACCCAGGAUGACGAGAGGACGUUUUCCUUUCUUUACCCAUCCUGCCCUCCCUAACAUCCCCCCAAACCUACAAACCCAUCCUUUCUGACCAGUUAUGAAAGCUAUGAACGCAGAUCUUCUGUACAAUAUUUACAUUUGGUAUGCUCUGCUACAUUUUGGGAAUUAUGAUGGACUCCUGUUCCAUUUUAGGUCUUGUAUUAGCCGUAUUUUUUGUUGAUCAUUAAAAUGUGUUUAAUGAGUGACAUUUAAUAAACAUCCACACUUUCUAAAAUA